GAAUUUCGUGUCGUUCAAAAGUCCCAAAGUCUAAAGUCUUAGAGAUUCGAAUAUCCCCGUGGAGUGUACACCCCAGUAUACCCAUCACAUUUGGCGAAGUUUCUCUCGUGUUUUUGUGUGUCCCUCUGCUCUGCACUGUCUGGGUUCAGUGUUCCAAUUUCAAGCCGCGCUAAAAGCUCUCGGUGUCGGUCUCGGUCUUGGUCUCGGUUUGGAUUGUGAUCCGUGUGGUUGGUGAGCUGGUGUGUGGCAUAUUCCUGGCCAUUUCAGCCCUGCGAACUUGAAAGAAAAUCAGCGCUCCAAGGAGACGACCAAGGACCAAGAGGUAGGCCAACGAAGGAAGCCGAAACGCGACUCCUGAUUGGCGGCUGGGCAGACAUCCAAGACAACGGCAACAACGGCGGCCAGAAUUUUCUCUCGUUUGGAUAGUGUCGAGGAGGUGCAACGCGGUCGCAGUGGCAGCGCUGUCGGAAUAGCACCGGCAGGUGCAGUGGCAGCGGCAGCGGUGGCAGCGGGUUCACCAGCCAGGGCUGGCCAGCAGCAGCAGUUUGGAGGCGGAGGUGUGGGCGGAGGUGUGGCUGCUGUCGGUGUGGGUCCGGAAACGAUUGCGUCACGUCAGCGGAGCGCCAGCACGGUGCUCGACAUAAGCCUAGCGGAGCGCAGCAAGGUCUCCUCCAUCGGAGGCCCGCCCACUCCGCAGGUGGGUCUGCUCAAGCGCGGCUCUCUCUAUCCUGGAGUCGGUGGUGGUGGUGGUGGCGGUGGUGUCGGUGUCUUGAAUGGACUUGGCCUCGGCGAUGUGAUUUCAACGAAAUGCGAAUCAUUUAAUGGAGUGGGACUGGGCGUCGGCGUUGGAGUUGGAGCUGGUAUCGGUAGUGUGGGCGGUGUGGGUGUGGUUGGGCCAUCGGUCGCAGCCCCAAGCACGGGAAUAGGAGCAGGAGCAGGAGCAGUAGCUGGACAACGCGGACGUCUAUCAUCUCUGUCAUCAUCAUCAUCCCCCGCAAGUGUACCAGGUGCAACCCUCGGGGAUCCAUCAGUAGCAGGAGGUGGGGCCGGUUCUGCCCCAACCAUCGGCAGUCCGCCCGUUCAGCCGGGCCCCAAGCGGCAGGGCAGCUUCUCGAAUGUGUUCUCGAAGCUAAUCGAUGGUAUGCCCGCCGGCACAAUGUUUGCCAAAUUCAAGAGCACCAAUGUGGCAGCAGCCACCACGUCGCAGAGCGUCGCCGAGGGCAAUCCCAUUACGCAGUAUUUUGAGAUUGGCAAACCGGUGGCCUGUGCCGGACCAGAGUUGGCCUGGCGCAUACACGAUGCGUACCGCAAAAGCGACAACAAGGAAUGCUCGGUGUUUAUUUUCGAGAAAAAGGUUGCGGAGAAGCUGCACAAGCCGCGUCGCAAGGAGACCAUAACCGAGCUGCUAAAGAGCUCGGUGAAGACACUGGAACGCUUUCGCCAUCCCAGAAUACUCCAGAUCUAUCACACAGUCGAGGAGAGUGCGGACACGCUGGCCUUCGCCUCGGAGCCCAUCUUUGCCAGCCUCUCCAAUGUGCUGGCCUUUCACGAGUCGAAGACCUAUGACAAUGCGAAUGUGCCAGCUGCUGGGGCUGGGGCUGGAUCGGCUGCCGGAAUGAGUCCGGCCCAGACGCAAGGCACGGCGGGCGUCCAACCGCAGCGGCCCGCUCAUGCAAAGGAAUACAGCUUCUUGGACAUGGAACUCAAAUACGGCUUUCUCCAGCUGACGGAGGCCCUGGCAUAUCUUCACUAUUCCGGUCACGUAAUUCAUCGAAAUGUGUGUCCAUCCUCAGUACUAAUAACCAAACGCGGUAUAUGGAAGCUGGCCGGCAUGGAAUAUGUGGAAAGAAUGAAUGAGACUGAUUUGAAUAGCUCAAUUCCGUGUCCGCCGUGGAGCAACAGGGUGUCAAAGAUGGCCCAGCCGAAUCUGGAUUUUAUGGCACCCGAAACACAGUCAACGUCCAAGUGCAGUCUGCUCAGCGAUAUGUUCUCAUUGGGAAUGGUGAUCUGUGCGGUCUUCAACAAUGGCAGGCCCCUGAUACAGGCCGGCAACUCAACCUCCAACUAUGCCAAGCAAAUGGAAACGUUGGAUGAUAUGGUCCACAAGUUGAUGCCUCGUCUGCCCAUUGCCCUGCAGGAGGCCACUUCGCGCAUGGCCAGUCGAGAUGCAACGGCCCGGCCCACCGCCCAGCUUCUGCAGUUGAUCAAGUACUUCAUCGAUCCGGCCAUAAAUGCUCUCAAAUUCCUGGACGUGGUCAACAUGAAGGACACGCAGCAGAAAUCCCAGUUCUACAAGACCACCUUGAUAGAGGCCAUGCCGGUGAUACCACGUAAACUUUGGUGGCAGACCAUUUGGCCAAUGCUCAAGUCGGAGAUCAACAACAAUGAGGUUCUGGCCGCGGUCCUGCAGCCCGUCAUGCUUUUUGUCCAGGAAGCCACUCACUUCGAGUACGAUGCUUUAAUGUCCGCCACAAUGAAAAUCGUCUACAACACACCGAAAUCCAUUCAGGCAAGCGUUACGAUACUUGAGAAUUUGCAUUUGAUUAUUGAGAAGACGAAGCCGGAGGAUGUCACCACAGAUAUAAUGCCGAUGCUAUUCUGCUCCUUUGACGGAUCCACGAUACAAGUGCAGAGUGCCGCCGUAGUGGCUGUGGCCAAUGUGUUUGACAGCAUCGAUGAGCUAUCCAUACGCCGCAUGGUCCUGCCCAAGGUCAAAUUGGUAUUCGAGAAGAACAUCACCGAUCCGAAGAUAGUGCAGAAUGUGCUCAUGUGCAUUGAGCGUGUAAUGGACCGCAUGGAGCGGGCACAGGUCAUGGAGGAGGUACUGCCGCUGCUGGCCAAUAUUCGCAUACCCGAUCCCGAUAUCAUCAUGCGUACUGUGCGCAUCUAUCAUAAGCUGUUUGUGGACAAAUCCUACGGCCUGAGCGUGGAGACCAUGGCCACCAAUGUGCUGCCUCUGCUCAUACCGCACACCGUCAAUCCGGCACUCAAUUUCGAACACUAUUGCUAUCUGCUUGAAGUGCUGCAGCAGAUGCUGGAGGCCAUCGAUCGACAGCAGCGCAACAAAUUGAAGCUGGACAACCUGUCGAUGGCCUCGCCGGAGCGACACCGGACACUGCGCCACCAAUUCUCGACGGACAACAUGAAUGCGCCGCCCUUCAACAUACCAAACCUGCGCAUAGAUCAGCGCAAGACCUCCAGUGCCGAGGACAUGGCCCGCAAGAACUCUGGCGGGUCUGGCAUGCUGGGUGGCUGGUGGUUUGGCUGCUCGCCAUCGUCGCCGGAUAGCAAUUUCCUGCGCGUUGGGAACGUGUUCCCCAAUCGACGGCUCUCGGACAACACGCUGAUGACACCCAAGAUCCGCAUCGCGCCCUCGUGCGCCUCAUCACCGGGCGGCACGCCGGGCAGCGGCCUGCCGACGCGCCGCCACUCGAGCAUUGGGCCACAGGAGCGUCGGGGCUCCGCCAUCAAUUUGUCGCCGCCAACUUACGGUGGUGCCCGCGGUAGCUCUGGAUCGAGUCUAUCGGUGCCCUCGACUUCGGUAUAUGUCAAAUCUCCUUUAUUGUACUCCCAAAAACAGGGUGGCUCCAUGCCGAACACCUCGAGCAGUGUUCCGUUUUUGUUGUCGUCGAGCAUGCAGUCGAUAAGGUCGCGCCGCCAGUCGACGGUACUGUCAUCGGGUCCACUCGGCUCUGGAUCGGGCAUACUGCAGCAGCUGGGAUCCGGCAUGGUAAGACAAUUAACUUCCGUAUCCGGCACGGUUAGUCCGGUGCCGCUGUUGCGGGUGAAUGGCGCACGCAACAGCAUCAGCCACAGCCACACCAACGUCCGAAAGUGUCCGUCACUCAAUAUCACAUUCAGUCAAUAGUAUAAUCUGAACGAAAUCGGCGGGGCCCAGCCUCCCGCCGAUUCGCUCAGAUUCGGGUACGUCAAUCCAAGCGCCAGCAACAGCAGCAGCUACCAUUACGGCUACAAUUACAAUCAGAAUCUCAACAAUGUGCGCUACAAAGCCCAGCUGCAGAGUAUGAAUUUUAAUCUUAAACCGCCGCCAAAGUUUUAAAUCUCUAAAAACUCAAAACAAAACAAACCAAAAAAAAAACAGAAUCUGAAAACUGAAUGGAAAGAAUGUCAUAGAUCAAAAGCAAAUCAAAGCAAAGCAAAAUCGAAUCAAACGUUGUAUAUGCAAGUGGGGGCAGAGGGUAAAAUGAAGCAAACAAUCAAUUUACAUUAUCUACAAUAUGAAAUAUUAAUGAAUGUACCCAUGUACCUACCAUACUACUAUGAGACAUACUCUGGCCUAGACAUACGUAAUAAUUACAUACAGUUGAUGCUAAAACUAAAAGAAAAAAAAACAGAUAAACCAAAUAUCAAUUAUAUUUACAUACAUAUAUAC